UGUCGCUUGAAACAUGGCGUCCCAGUGCAGCCUCUCUACCUUAUUUCCUAUCCAAAGUGAGCUGGAUUGCGCCCUAGAUGACGCCACGACUGAACAAGAGAAAGAAGAUCUUGUCAAAGAGUAUUUGAACAAACUAGACGAAAGAGAGGAUCUGAAGAUACCCGAUUUCCAGACAGGCUUGGAAUGGCUGAACACGGAGGGGCCUCUGUCUUUGAACAAGGAGCUGUCUGGUAAAGUGGUGCUGCUGGACUUCUUUACUUACUGCUGCAUCAACUGCAUGCACAUCCUGCCUGACCUGCACCAUCUAGAGAAGAAGCACUCUGCCAAAGAUGGAUUGGUUGUUGUUGGUGUGCACUCAGCUAAAUUCCCCAAUGAAAAGGUCCUGGACAACGUUCGCAGCGCCGUGCUCCGCUAUGACAUCUGCCAUCCGGUGGUGAACGACAGCGAGGCGCACCUCUGGCAUGAACUGGAGGUGUCCUGCUGGCCCACGCUGGUCUUACUGGGCCCACGUGGCAACCUGCUCUUCUCCCUGGUGGGCGAAGGCCACCGUGACAGGCUCAUGCUUUUUACUGCCAGCGCCCUCCGUCACUACGGGGAGCAGGGUCUUCUGAAGACACACGCAGUGGGGAUCAAGCUGUACCGAGACUCCCUGCCACCCAGUGUCCUGUCUUUCCCUGGGAAGGUGGCCGUGGACAGCGGCAAGAAAAGACUGGCCAUAGCAGACACCGGACAUCACCGAAUUCUGGUGGUUUCCUCAGCUGGCCAGCUGUUACGUGUCAUAGGAGGGCCAAAAAGUGGAAGACAAGAUGGUGACUUGUCCGAAGCUUCCUUUAACGCCCCUCAAGGUGUGGCCAUUAAAGGGGAAGCUGUAUACGUGGCCGACACAGAAAACCACCUGAUCCGUAAGAUCGACCUGUUGGAGGGACGAGUCAGCACUCUAGCUGGAGUAGGAGCUCAGGGCACAGACAAAGAGGGGGGCUCAAUGGGACCUCAGCAGCCCAUCAGCUCUCCUUGGGAUGUGACUCUUGGCACCGCCGGCGGUGCUGAAGGUAACGUGCUGUGGAUAGCCAUGGCAGGGACCCACCAGAUCUGGGCUUUGUUCCUAGCAGAUGGGAAACUGCCCAAAGGAAGCGAGUCCAAGGCAGGAACGUGCGUGCGAUGGGCAGGCAGCGGCCACGAGGAGAACCGAAACAACUCGUACCCCCACAAGGCCGGCUUUGCACAGCCUUCGGGCCUGGCUUCAGCCCCAGAGGAGCCCUGGGGCUGCCUGUAUGUGGCCGACAGCGAAAGCAGCACCAUCCGCACGCUGGCACUGAAGGACGGAGCCGUCAAGUUGCUGGUCGGAGGAGAGAGAGAUCCACUGAACCUUUUUGCUUUCGGGGAUGUCGACGGGAAAGGGGUGGAUUCUAAGCUGCAGCAUCCUCUCGGUGUUGCCUGGGCUCCUGAACAAAGCCUGCUCUAUGUGGCCGACUCCUACAACCACAAGAUCAAGGUGGUGGAUCCAAAGGUGAAGCAGUGUAGCACACUAGCAGGGACCGGAAAGGUUGGAGAUACUCUGGGCCCUGAAUUUAACAAAUCCUGCUUCAAUGAACCCGGAGGAAUCUGUGUUGGCGACGGCGGCAAGCUUCUCUACGUGGCCGAUACCAACAACCACCAAGUCAAAGUUCUGGACCUGUCCUCCAAGACUGUUUCACUGUUCCCCAUUUCUACGGACUGCACAGAUUCAGUGCCUUCAAAGCCUUCUGGUCCUACCAAAGCCCCCACGCUGCCUAAAUCAGCUGCCAGGAGAGAAAUGCCAGCAGUGGCAGUGUCGGCAGGUCAGACUCUUGUCAUGUCACUCACCCUGUCGCUUCCAGAAGGAACCAAGCUCACGGAAGAGGCCCCCAGCUGCUGGGCCCUCUCAGCUGAGGGUAACGAAUGGCUGCUAGAAAGUCGUGUGGUUACUGGGGACAUUGUGGAUCUGUCGAAGCCCUUCUCCAUCUCAACCAAAAUUCCAGCUGUUAUAAAGGAUUUCAACGGCAAUCCAAGCCUCACUUUGGGUGUAUGGUUGUACUACUGUAUGGAAACAGGUAACGCUUGUAUGAUGAAAGCAGCCUCCUUCACCCAGCCGCUUCAAAUAAGUGGCAAUCGUGGAGAGGAAGAAAUCACUGUGGCGAUGGCUCAUGCCUUCUAAAACCUCUUGUCUGUCUUUGUCACAAUAGUCCCAGAAUCAACACUUUCUGUGGUGUUCAAACGGCAUUAUUACUCUUCAGCUCAGCUAACCCCAGCUCCUGUUUUGUUCAUAAUUCUGGGAGAAGAAAACACAGAUUGUAUCCAACUGUCACUUUUAACAAAAAUGCUGCAAAUCAUACAUAUCUGAUUUUUAGGUGUAUUUCAUUUCAAACUACUCAGAAGUCUCUUCUACGAAACAUAAUGCAUCAGUGCUGUAAUGCCCUUUACUGUGAGGGACAGUUAUUGAUAGGAAUGCAAAUAGUUGCAUCCUCAGGCAUGUAAUAAAGGCUUUACAGCAAACACUGCAGCCUAAAAGUGAAUAUCUAUAUGAUGGUAUAUUCAUGCAAAAGAAUCCUACAAGGACAGGCUGUACUGACUACCUGUAAGAAAACUGUCCACUUUAGUAAUGUUUAAUUUAAAAAGUACCGUCUUACUUGUGAAACAAUGCACUGAAUGUAUGCAGAAAAUAAAAUACAUUAUGUGGAUUCAAUAAGAAACUAAUUAAAGUGAUCACUGACGGGUGUUGAUGAUGGUGUCAGAGGGGGCGAGAAAAAUAAACAGAUUAUCAUUUAAUAAUGUGGGGAAUUAGAAAUACUUUCAAAUACUGAAACCUCUUUAUAAUUUUCAUGUUUUCACCUGAACCACCAGAUGGAUGUGUAUUUCAAAGACUUAACAGUUUACAUUAAGGUAUUGUGAACAAAAUGUUUCCCCCACAACCUCCAAUAAUUCAUUAUUAAAUGAUUUAUGCUCACAAACAUUAA